AUGUCCACCGAUUUGACCAUGUCCGACUUGCCGGACCUCAGCACACCCCCAAUCCAGACUCCUCAGCAUCAACAUCAGCAAACCCCGGCCGGGAAGCCGCUGGCGUCGUGGAAUACACCCAAGUUCAGGGAGGAGUAUGAGAAUGCCAGAGCUCGGCUUCAGCAUGGUGAUUUCAGUUGUUCUGCUCUCCCUGAUCCGCUUGCUCCUCGUCCAGCCAUAGCAACCCACAGUCGGUUUGAUCCCCAGACGGAGGAGAGGCUGAAGGGUGUUCUCAGAGCUGCAAAGGAGUCUGUUCAAGGUGGUGGUAGUUCAUGA